AUGGAAGGCAGGGAGAGCUCCCCUGACCCCCGGCCCGUGUCCCGCAGUGCCGCUGCACCGGGGACACACCGGGAGCUGCAGUCCCAGCUCAGGGCUCGGUUUGGCAAUGAAUCCACUGGCCUGGCGGGGUCCGGCGUCGCUACAGCGCGGGCAGCAGGGCGCUGCCGGCAGCCAUUACCGGGAGCGCGGAGCCGCUGCCGUCGCUUUGNGGGUUUGGGCCUCCCCAAGCCAAAGAAGAGGACGGAGCCGGUGCGGAUCGCGGCGCCCGAGCUGCACAAGGGGGAUUCAGAUUCAGAGGAAGAUGAACCAGCAAAGAAAAAAAAUACUCUUCAGGGACGCAGCGAGGGCUCCGGCUUGUCCGCUUUGCUUCCUCAGCCCAAAAACAUGACAGUGAAAGAGACCAAUCGGUUACUCCUGCCCUACGCAUUCUCCAGGAAAGCAGGAGAAAACGCCUCCGACUCCAAGCCUGCCAAGACCCCAAGCUCUUCCUCCAAAGCCAAACCCGUGCCCAAGCCGGCCGUGCCCACAACUCCGUCCCCAUCGGCGAUCAAAGCCGCGGCCAAGAGCGCAGCACUGCAGGUAACCAAACAGAUCACCCAGGAGGAGGAGGACAGCGACGAGGAGGUGCAGCCAGAGAACUACUUCUCCUUGUCCGACAGGAGCGAGCCCAGUGCCGCGGGCACCGAGCCCUACCUGUACCCCGGCACGGGGGGGUCGGAGGACCCUCCGCCCGGGACAGAGCCGGAGCCCCAGUUCCAGGAUGCGGCUGCUAACGCCCCUCUGGAGUUCAAGACGGGUGCGGGCUCCAGCGGAGUUCAGCACAGCUGGGCACCCAAACCUGGCGAGGACUAUGGCAGCCACUCCUAUGGCCAGUUCCCCCCUGCCUACGGCGAGCCUGGGGGCUACUACCAGGAUUACUACAGCAGUGGGUACUACCCAGAGGUGGAACCAGCCCAGGCCCCGCCGCAGGAGACGAGCACCGACUCAUCGUUCAUCGAUGACGAAGCGUUCAAGCGUCUGCAAGGCAAGCGGAAUCGUGGGAGGGAAGAGAUCAACUUUGUGGACAUCAAAGGUGACGACCAGCUGAGUGGGGCCCAGCAGUGGCUGACCAAAUCCUUGACAGAGGAGAAGACCAUGAAGUCAUUCAGCAAGAAAAAAGGAGAUCAGCCCACAGGGCAGCAAAGGAGAAAACACCAGAUCACGUACCUGAUCCAUCAGGCCAAGGAGAGAGAACUGGAACUGAAAAACACAUGGUCUGAAAACAAGCUCAGCAGACGGCAGACCCAAGCCAAAUACGGAUUCUGACACAUCUGUCCCGCUUUUUGGCUGGCAUCCCGGGUGACCUGCUGUGUCUGGUGUGUCCCGGCCUCUGGGAGAUCAGCCAGGCCCCAGGACGGGGCUGCUCGUGGGAGGAAGGACUCUGCACUCCCUGGCCUGACAGGAAGAGGGGUCAUUGCAAGCUGGUCCCGAAACUCCACCUGUAAUCCUUCCCCUUCCUCUUUGUAAACGAUAGCGUGGAAGGUUCCGAUCGGCCGAGGACGGUCCCAAGGCACGGCAGGGAACGUGCUGGGUGUGAGGCUCCUGUCCUGAGGGAACAGGCUGUGCCUCCUGACGCCAGACCCUUCAGCAGAGGCUCAAUAAACUCCCAAUUCCCACUUUGCUCCUCUCUUGGACUUGCUGUGCAUUGAGAAUGUCAUUUUCCUUUCUAAAACACGGUGAGUUCCAAGAGC